GCCACCCCGCGGGGAGAGGGGGGGCAGGGAGCGCUUUGUCCCCGUGCUGCCGCUGCCGCCGCCCGUGGGACGCGAGGAGCCCGAGGCCCCCCGCGGGCGCGCAACUUGGAAGCAGAGUCGCCUGAGUUCGGGGUGGGGCGGCUGGGGGGCAGCUGGCGAAAAGGAGGAGGAGGAGGAGGAGGAGGAGGGCGCAGAGACGACAAGGACCAGCAGGAGGAGGAGGCGAGGGCGCCGGGCAGGGCAGGGCAGGGCGCCGGGGUAGCCCGAGUGGCGGCGGACGAUGAACAAACUCUACAUCGGCAACCUGAGCCCCGCUGUCACCGCUGACGACCUCCGGCAGCUCUUCGGGGACAGGAAGCUGCCCCUGACCGGCCCCGUGCUGCUCAAGGCCGGCUACGCCUUCGUGGACUAUCCGGACCAGAACUGGGCCAUCCGCGCCAUCGAGACCCUGUCGGGUAAAGUGGAAUUACAUGGGAAAGUCAUGGAAGUGGAUUAUUCCGUCCCUAAAAAACGGAGGAGCAGGAAGCUUCAGAUUCGGAACAUCCCCCCUCACCUGCAGUGGGAGGUAUUGGAUGGACUCUUGGCUCAGUAUGGGACAGUCGAGAACGUGGAACAAGUCAACACAGACACCGAGGCUGCUGUUGUCAACGUCACCUAUGCCACCCGUGAAGAGGCACGAGGAGCCAUCGAGAAGCUCAGUGGUCAUCAGUUUGAGAACUACGCCUUCAGGGUUUCCUACCUCCCCGAUGAAGAUGGCAGCGCCCCUCCGAGAUCCCGCCGAGGGGACCCCUCUUCCAGGGAGCACAGCCAUGGCACUGGGGGCUCGGCCCAGCCCAAGCAGCUGGAAUUCCCACUCCGGAUCCUAGUCCCUACCCACUUUGUUGGUGCCAUCAUAGGAAAGGAGGGCUUGACCAUUAAGAACCUUACGAAGCAAACCCAGUCGAAGGUAGACAUCCACAGGAAGGAGAACGCAGGGGCGUCUGAGAAGCCCGUGACCAUCCACGCCAGCCCCGAGGGUGCCAGCGAAGCUUGUCGGAUGAUUCUCGAAAUCAUGCAGAAAGAAGCAGAUGAGACCAAGGCAGCGGAGGAGAUUCCUCUGAAGAUCCUGGCCCACAACAGUUUGGUCGGGAGACUGAUUGGCAAAGAAGGGCGAAACCUGAAGAAAAUUGAGCAGGACACGGGGACCAAGAUCACCAUCUCUCCUCUGCAGGACUUGACCAUUUACAACCCAGAGAGAACCAUCACAGUCAAAGGUACGAUUGAGGCCUGCUCCUGUGCAGAGGUGGAGAUCAUGAGGAAGCUCCGUGAAGCCUACGAGAACGACAUGGUGACUGUGAACCAACAAGGCAAUCUGAUCCCGGGACUGAACCUCAGUGCCCUUGGCAUCUUUUCGACAGGUCUGUCCAUGCUCCCUUCUGCAGCUGGGCCCCGGGGAGCUGCCGCCGCCUCCUACGGCGCGUUUGCUAGUCACUCUGCAUACCUCUCGGGCCUGUACGGAGCCCCCCAGAUGGGCGUUUUCCCACAUCAGCACCCUGUGCCUGAACAGGAAGUGGUAUACCUCUUCAUCCCCACACAGGCUGUGGGGGCCAUCAUUGGCAAGAAGGGCCAUCACAUCAAGCAGCUGGCCAGAUUCGCUGGGGCCUCCAUCAAGAUUGCUCCUGCUGAAGGCCCGGAUGUCAGUGAGAGGAUGGUCGUCAUCACCGGACCACCUGAAGCCCAGUUCAAGGCCCAGGGGCGGAUCUUCGGGAAACUGAAGGAGGAGAAUUUCUUUAACCCCAAAGAAGAAGUGAAGCUUAAGGCUCACAUUCGAGUGCCCUCCUCGGCCGCUGGCCGUGUGAUUGGAAAAGGUGGCAAAACGGUGAAUGAAUUGCAAAACUUAACUAGUGCAGAAGUCAUCGUGCCCCGGGAUCAGACGCCCGAUGAGAAUGAAGAAGUGAUUGUCAAGAUCAUUGGCCACUUCUUUGCCAGUCAGACGGCCCAGCGCAAGAUCAGGGAGAUUGUCCAGCAGGUGAAGCAGCAGGAGCAGAAGCAUCCUCAGGGAGCGCCGCAGCAGCAGCAGCAGCGAACCAAGUGAGAGGCUGCCUCGGGUACAGGCCAGCAAAACCACCACAGAUGAAUGUAGCCCUUCCCAUGCCGGACAAAACAAGACCAAACACAGACAGACAGAUCGGGGAGCAAACCAAAGACCCUCCUGAGAAAAAUAAGGAGGCUGCCCAAGGCUGGGACUCUGCAGAAACCUUGAGAACGCUUGCAUCCCACGGCUAGGUGGCCCCGGGGAGAAGGUGGGAUCAGGAGCAUGUGAUCAUCCAGAUGCUGGACCAGGUGUGCCUGAGCAUCCCCUUUGCCCUGCACGCGUACACACGCACACACACGCACACACACACACACAUACAUACAUACAUACAUACAUACAUACAUACAUAUGCAAACACAUACCAAGCAGGGACCUGGCCCACCUGGCCCCAGGGUUUCUGCAGGCUUCCCCGAUGACAAUACUCCCAUUCCCCGUGCAGUCUAACUCCCAUGACUCUAUCCCUUAAGUUGGACUAACAUAGGUGGACGUGUUCAAAACAAAGCUCAAUUCUCACCCAGUUUUUGGAAGAAACACAAAAUUGGUUCUGUACACACAUGUAUGUACAUGUACAAGGGGUCAAGAAGUUCUAUCAUAUGUGCUACCCAGGCGUACCAGGCCAUGCCUACAGCAUUACUAUAUUGUAGAACUGAUAUAUAUCGGUAACUCGACUAACUCCAAUUUAAAAACAAAUUAUUAAUUUUUUUAUUUCCUUUGGAAGAGAAAGCAGGCUCUUCUAGAGUUUAAAGUCACCCGCUGGGAGAGCUAAAGGGGUAGAAGCAGCUUUAGAAACGCUGGCACAAAAAUUGAGGAGGGGGAGGGGGAGGGAGGGGGCUUAGGAAGGUACUAACAGCACCGUGCAGUUGGGCAUCAGCUGUGUGUGCCAACAGAAGGGAUACCGUCUUUGAGAAGAGGAAUCUCUUGUCUCCCUUCAUCUGUAUACAGCUCACAUAUCCUUUCCUUUUUUUUUUUGCUUCACAGGUUCUAAACUGGUUUUGCAUACAGCCAUAUAAUUGUGUCUUUUCCUCCCCCUCUCUGCUCCAGUUUUUCUUGUCCUCCUCCCCUCUCCCUUCAGUCUCUCUUCCUUCUCUCCUUCUCUCUCCACACCCCCAGGCAAAGCAGUGCUCAGAGUAACACAUCACAGAAAAAAAAUCAAACAGCCACAACUUCUAUUUAGGUGAUUGAAUAGGAAAGGAAACAGUCUCAAUGGUACUCAUUCCAGCAAUCUUCAAAAAGGAAAGAAAAAAUAAUCCCACUCAGAAAAAAACAACUUUUGUCUUUUUUACAUCUGUUUAUUUAGGACAUAGCCACCAAUUUGUGGGGAAGUAAUUUUCUUUCUUACAAACAAAUCAAAAACAAGUGGGGAAAAAACAAAAAAAGAAAAUUACCAGAGGUUGUUGGCCCACAACAUAGAAAUUGCAAAUUGAAAAAACAAAAAUGAACAAAAAAAAAUUUAAAGGAAAAAACAAAAAACAAACAAAAAAAACUACCUCAGGUGUUUUUGUACCUCAGCACCUUGAUCUUGUGUUUCCCUUUUAGAGAUUUUGUAUGCCUUGUAAACUGAGAGUUGGAGCAUUUUUUUUUAUUUUUUUAAUAAAAUCAAGUUGGAAAAAAAAAAUAGAUGCCAUCUAGGAGGUGACAUCCAGGUGUGCGCCAACCAUUCUCAGCUGUCCUAGGCUGGCUGACAGCUGAUGGCCUUCUUUAGGGCAGACCUUGAAAAUGUUUAUUGAAAAAAAAAUGAUUAAAAGAAAAAACCAGGGAAAGAAAGGCUUAGCAAUGUCCUGAGUGUGUUAAUAGAGUACGUGCCAUUAGGGUUUUGUGCGCUAAAGGAUGAACAUGUUACUGGUCUAUGUGAAAUUGCCGAUGUGCCAACAGACUGCAAUGCCAGUUUCCUCUACUGCAAACAGUGUUCUGUGAAAAAACAAAAAACACACAAAAAAAAUAACAAAAAAAAAAGGCAAAAAAAAAAA